CCUUAUUAUUUUCACAUUUUUUUUUUCCCUUUAAUCUUUGUAUGUAUCAUUUUCAAGGAGUCAGUUUUUUGGGGUCAGCACUAAUGACCCAAUUUUCAAGAAAUGCAGAAAUUAUAUAUAUGUGUGUGAAGAAAGAGGACUGUGGGCGGCUGGCUGCGGCAGAGUGUUUAACAAAUGGGAAGAGCAUUUGUGUAUGCAAUAGUAGGCGGAGGAGUGGCUGCCGGUUAUGCUGCUCAUGAGUUUGUUAAGAGAGGCGUCUCUCAUGGUGAACUCUGUAUCGUAUCUGAAGAACCUGUUGCACCUUACGAAAGGCCUGCAUUAAGCAAAGGUUAUUUACUUCCAGAAGCUGCUGCACGCCUCCCUUCAUUUCACUGUUGUGUAGGUGCUAACGAGGAAAAAUUAUCUCCAAAAUGGUACAAGGAACAUGGUAUUGAAUUGAUUCUGGGAACUCGAGUUAAGUCUGCUGAUGUGAAGCGGAAGACACUACUAACUGUGACAGGAGAAACAAUAAGCUACAAAUUUCUCAUUGUUGCAACAGGUGCUCGGGCUUUGAAGCUUGAAGAAUUCGGAGUGAAUGGAUUAGAUGCAGAUAAUUUGUGUUAUUUGCGAGAUUUGGCAGAUGCAGACAGACUUGUAGAUGUGAUGAAAUCCUGUACUGGUGGAAAUGCAAUUGUCAUUGGCGGUGGAUAUAUAGGAAUGGAAUGCGCUGCAUCUUUGGUUAUAAACAAAUUAAACGUAGCAAUGGUUUUCCCAGAGGCACAUUGCAUGGCCCGCUUAUUUACGCCCAAGAUUUCUAGUUACUAUGAAGACUUCUACAAGGCAAAAGGAGUGAAGUUCAUCAAAGGGACGAUGUUGUCAUCAUUUGAUUUCAAUUCUGAUGGGAAGGUUACUGCCGUUAAUCUUAGAGAUGGUAAUAAGCUUCCAGCUGAUAUGGUGGUAGUUGGGAUUGGCAUCCGUCCAAACACAAGUCUCUUUGAAGGCCAACUAACCAUGGAUAAAGGAGGGAUCAAAGUGAAUGGGAAAAUGCAAUCGAGCAACAGCUCGGUGUAUGCAGUUGGGGAUGUUGCUGCUUUUCCAGUCAAAAUUUUUGGGGAAACUAGGAGACUUGAGCAUGUGGACUCAGCACGAAAGUCAGCAAGGCAUGCUGUUGCUGCCAUUAUGGAAUCAGAUAAGACAGGUGAAUUCAACUACCUUCCAUUCUUCUAUUCCAGGGUCUUCACAUUGUCUUGGCAGUUCUAUGGGGAGAAUGUUGGGGAUGUUGUCCAUUUCGGGGAUUUCUCGGGGAAUUCUUUUGGGGCAUAUUGGAUAAAUAAGGGUCAUCUUGUUGGGUCUUUCCUCGAGGGUGGAACUAAAGAACAAUACGAGGCCAUAGCUCAAGCCACAAGACUCAAACCAGCAAUCGAAGAGUCAGCUGAACUUGAGAGGCAGGGUUUGGGAUUUGCCUUGACGUUGAGUCAGAAAUUUCCAGCAUCACAGCCUCUCGAUUCUGGUGGUUCAGGGCUGCUUAUUGAGAAACCUGUAUAUGCUUUGCACGCAACUGCUGGAGUUAUCAUGGCAGCAUCCAUAGCAGUCUUUGCAUAUUGGUAUGGCAGGAAGCGAAGAAGGUGGUGAGAUCCUUAUUUGUCUCAGAAAAUUUUCUAUUUUGAUCACUGUAUGCCGCAAUGCCCCAGAUGUAGUAUUUCCAGGGCAAGGAUUACUGAAGAUAUACCUUGAUGUUAUACUGUAAUCCAUAUUUGAGUGACAAUGACUCAUAAGCAAUAUUCCACCAUACUGAGGUUAGUUGUAUCAAUCUUCUUGGUUGCUGCUGUGUGAAUUUUGGCUCGGGUAUCUUGGCUUUUGUUUUGGUUAAGGCCAUUUCCUCGA